AUGGAGGCGCAUCUGAGAGUUGUUGUCCCAAUGAACGGGAAAUUUGUAUUUCAUAAACGCCCCGACGGCACCAUUGACAAAGGUAAAGUGGUCUGCCUAGAGUGUAAGAAGGAGUUUGCUUACCACCGAAGCAGCUCAAGUUUGGCCUAUCACCUCAACGCAAAGCACCCAGCCGCGAGUGCAGCAACAGCUAGCAGUGAAGACGUUAGCAAUAUAGCAAGCCAGAGCAAAGCUUUUCGCCAAACAAAACUAGAGAAUACCCCUCGUAUGAGCAAGUCUGCGACCGACAAGCUGACUAAUGUUAUUGCCAAGUGGAUAGCGAUGAACUGUAGGCCGAUAAAUAUAGUAGAGGACAUUACUGAUGAUGAUCCUGCCUACGUGGUGAAGUUCAAGAAUGCCUUCCAGAAGGAUCUGGCAGCACGACGAGCUAAUGGCAACGAGAUAUGGUUCGAGGUGGCCACAGCAUUGGAUCCACGGUUUAAGGAUUUGAAAUGUCUUCCAAGAGAAAAGAGGGAACAGGUGUGGACCAUUCUGGAGAAUAUGCUCCAGGCAGCAGAGCCCAGAAGAGCAGAUAGUCUCCAGCCCUCCACAGAGGAUGAUGGACCAGCUCAGAAGAAGAGGAGGAGCGAACUCCUUCUGGGGUCUGACUCUGACUCAGAAGAUGGAAUUGAGUCUGGAGAGCUGCAGCGCUACAGAGCAGAACCCAGCAUCAGUAUUGAUGACUGUCCCCUGCAGUGGUGGUAUGCUCACUCAGGAGUCUAUGAAAAGCUGUCAGUCCUAGCACAAAAGUACCUGGCCUCCCCAGCUACCUCUGUACCCUGUGAGAGACUCUUUAGCCUUGCAGGCCACAUAGUGCAAAAGAAAAGGGCAGCCUUGCUUCCAGAAAAUGUUACCAGGCUGGUGUGUCUUAGCGACUGGCUGAGGAAGAAGAAAUGAGACACAUGUGGUCAGCAUAGCUGCUGUGUCAUUUGUAGCCUACUAGAAUAGAUUGCUUGAUGUUCAGCACUUUUUUUUGUGAUGGAAGAAUACUUUGAUGUGCUAACUUGCAGCACUGCAAUGUCAGUUUUAUUUUUCAUUAUCUGAAGCAGAGGAAUUUCAGUGCUGUAUUGCUCAGAAAAGAGCAACUCUGAUGUGCUAACUUGCAGCACUUAAUUUAUUUGAUUUUAUUUGUAUUUAUUUUUCCACUUAUUUUACAAAAGAAUACAACAGUAUGUAAAUGGUUGCAUCUGUUUAACGUUUGUUAAACAAUAAAUGACUUUAUAAAGUCA